AUGUCAACCCAGUGGUGCCACCCGCGGCCGGCCACCAUAGGGCUGUCCAGCUGCGCCGCCUGCGCUGCGUCGGCGUCCGGCGGCGACUGCGUGGCGCCCCGCGCGGGGCUUGGCCAGGGCGGCGGCGCUGGCGGCGGACCCGUUCUGUGCUGCGGCGGCGGCCAGGCGGCCGCCGGGUUGUGGUGCUCCGGGCCCGUGUAUCGCACGGAGGAGGGCCAGGACGGCGGCGUGCUGUUUGUGGAGGAGGAGGACGAGCGCUUCGGUCCGCCUGGGCAGCUGCAGAGGGAGGACAGCUACGACCAGUGCAAGGACACCUGCACCACGCCCAGGUCUGAUAGCUUCAUGGACUGCACCGUCGACCGUGGCAUCAUAUCCUGCCACCCCCUGCAAGACUCCCAGGAGGCGGCUUGGCAGGCCACUGGGGAUGGCGAGGCCGAUAGUGGACAGUCAGAGUCCUGCAAUGAAGAACAGCCUGCGCCCCAGCCAGAGAGGCAGAGCUCAGAUGAGCGGGGGGAUACUGAUGGGACAGAUGGGACUGACGAUGGUGUAUAUGAAUCAGAGACUUUUUUGGAGCUGGGGGAGCCUGGAACGACAGACGUGAUCUACGUGAGGGAUGACGUGGCUGUGUGGCCGAGCCGGGACGUCAGCAGCCGCAUAAUGGGUCGUUUGAGCCUAGUCAAGCAGCACUCUGUGCUGUUCAUCGCAUGGCUGCCGUACAGCAAGGGAGCGCUCAAUGAGGAUGGGACGUUCCAGCUGGACAGCCAGUCAGACAACGGACAGGGGGACCGCGAGAAAGACCGAACGAUGUAUGCUGUGCACCCAAUACCCCUAUCCGACAUAAAGGCCAUCACUCGCCAGACGCCGACCAUUGGGUAUCAUGCCAUGAUAAUUGUCCUGAACUCGGGCCUCACACUGCCGCCCCUGUACUUCAAUAACGGUGGUGUUCGAAGCUUAAUAAGUGCUCUCAAAGAGCACGUGUUGCUCUUCAAAUCAGCUUCCGAUCGGAACACAUACCUCGUGAAUGACAUCGCAGAUCCCCUGCAGCGCAGCUUGAAUUGCUUGGACCUCACAGACGUGCUGCUGGGGGCUCCUCCUCCUGGUGCCUCCUCCACAUUCCACCCGUCUACUCUGCCGGGCAACGGUGGGGCAGAGGUGGACAUGAGCGAAGCCACCUGGACGGGGCUGUCCUUCCAGCUGUCUGAAAGGUUCUCCAGGAUCACAAAAAUCGCGAAGGACACAACGUCAAGCUUUUUUGGAGCUGGGGACACCAAUGGUUUCCCCGACCUUGUUCCAGUUGCAGCCAGCAUGCCGUCUUUGGAGCACCUGCGUUCACUGGAAGUGCCCUGCCAAACCUUCGAUAGACAGCCACAGCAGCACAGCUUCCCUGAAGAGGAUGAAAAUGCAGCCCAUGGAGACGCUCCUUAUGCUGCCACCAGUCACUCCGGUGUGGCGCCCAAGGACACAUCGAAUGAAGCUGCCACGGCUGUUGGCAUGUUCGAGGUCAUCGACAUGCAGCUGAAGGAUGAGAGAAGUGCAAGCAGCCAGCGCCCUUGGAGUCCACCAGUGUCGCUUGCAGAGUGGGCCACCUGGUUCGAUGGUGAGGGCCAGCUUGUGGACAUGCUGAGCUUCAGGGAAAAGGUCUUCUAUGGCGGAGUGGAGAUAGGACUCAGGAAGGAGGCCUGGAAGUUCUUGUUGAAUUAUUACCCCCCAGACAGCACAGCAACAGAGCGCUGUGAACUCUCCCAGCGGAAGGUGGAGGAGUACAAAACGUUGAAGCAGCAGUGGACAUCCAUAUCCGAAGCACAGGAGCGGCGCUUUGGCAAAUGGAGAGAGAGGAAGAAGCGCGUGGACAAGGACGUGUGCCGCACGGACCGAGCGCACCCAUUCUUCAAGAGCGAGAAGGCUAGGAGCCUCAAAGUGCUGCGCAAUGUGCUACUCACAUACACCAUGUUCAACUUCGACCUGGGGUACUGCCAGGGCAUGUCGGACCUGGCAUCUCCCAUAGUUUACGUCAUGUGUCGUGACGUCAAGACAAAGGACCAGAUGCGAUGGACUGAAGUGGAGGCAGAGGCCUUUUGGUGUUAUGUGGGUCUGAUGGAGUGGCUGGAGGGCAAUUUCCACACAGACCAACGAGGAAUGCACGCACAGCUGGUGUCGUUGCGGAAGCUGCUGCAGCUGCUGGACCCCCAGCUGUAUGCCUUCCUGGAGAAGAAAGACUGUCUUAACUUUUUCUUCUGCUUCCGAUGGCUGCUUAUCCACUUCAAGAGGGAGUUCUCUUUCGAUGAGGUCCUCAGGCUGUGGGAGGUGCUUUGGUCACGUCACUUGUCCGAGCACUUCCACCUCUACAUGUGCAUCGCCAUCCUCAUGCACCACCGCAGGGCCAUCAUGGAUGCCGACUUCGAGUUCGACGAGCUGCUCAAGUUUUGCGUGGAGCUGAGCGGCAACAUCGACCUCAAGGCCACCCUGCGCCUGGCUGCCGUGCUGCGGCUAUACAUCGGCCCUGCUGAAAAGGACUGCCUCGGUAGCUGA